GUCCAGGGCGGCGUGUGGCUGCUCAGUCCACGCCUCUGCGACGCACUCAUGGCCAUGGACGUCCUGCUGUGCACCGCCUCCAUCUUCAACCUGUGCGCCAUCAGCGUGGACAGGUUCGUGGCCGUGGCCGUGCCGCUGCGCUACCACCGCCUGGGACGGCGCCAGCUGCUGCUCAUCGCAGCCACGUGGCUGCUCGCGGCGGCCGUGGCGGCGCCCGUGCUGUGCGGCCUCAACGACGUGCGCGGCCGGGACCCCGCGGUGUGCCGCCUGGAGGACCGCGACUACGUGGUCUACUCGUCCGUGUGCUCCUUCUUCCUGCCCUGCCCGCUCAUGCUGCUGCUCUACUGGGCCACCUUCCGAGGCCUGCGCCGCUGGGGCGCCGCCCGGCGCGCCAAGCUGCACGGCCGCGCGCCCCGCCGGCCCAGCGGCCCCGGGCCCCCGCAGGACCCCCGCGCCCCCGACGGCGCGCCCCAGCCGGGCCUCCCCGAGAGCCCGUCCCCCGAGCCGGGCCUCCCCGAGAGCCCCUGCUGCCCCGAAGAUCCGGCUCCCGACGCCGACCCCGAGGCGGCGCUCCCCCAUGAGUCCCGGACGCCUUCCUGGCGGAGGACGCGCCCCAAGAUCACGAGCCGAGAGCGCAAGGCCAUGAGAGUCCUGCCAGUGGUCGUCGGCGUCUUCCUGGUGUGCUGGACGCCCUUCUUCGUGGUGCACAUCACGCGGGCGCUGUGUCUCUGCUCCGUGCCUCCGCGGCUGGUCAGCGCAGUCACCUGGCUGGGCUACGUCAACAGCGCCCUCAACCCGUGAUUUACACCGUCCUUCAACGCCGAGUUCCGCAAUGUCUUCCGAAAGGCCCUGCGCCUCUGCUGCUGA